UUUCUCAGCUCUUCGAUCUCAUCGAAAAAAAAAAAUCACUUGUUUUUCUUUUCUCAAUCCACUCAGGCUUCAUUUCGUCACUCCUUUCUCUCCCAAAUUUGUUUAUCUCAGUGUUUUCUCUGGAAACGAUGGCUGCCUUUUCAAAUUCGUUGGUUCAUUUUUCAUCUGGUGCUUGUUUGAAGCCAGUGGACCGGUAUCUUGGUAGUUUGGGCCCCACCAAUUUGUCUUUCAAUCCAAGUCAUGUUGGGAAAGUGCGAUUUUUUACCUCUAAAAGGGCACUUACAGUCCAAGCAGCAUAUAGCGAUGAUGGUGGAAAGCAAAGCAAUGCAAACUUCUUUUUGGGUGGCUUUGUUUUGGGAGGAAUAAUAGUUGGCACGCUUGGUUGUGUAUAUGCACCUCAGAUUAGCAAGGCACUGGCUGGAGCUGAUCGGAAGGAUUUAAUGAGGAAACUGCCCAAAUUCAUCUAUGAUGAAGAAAAGGCUUUGGAGAAAACACGGAAAAUACUGGCACAGAAGAUCGACCAACUGAACUCUGCCAUAGAUGAUGUUUCUUCUCAGCUCCGAUCAGAAGAUUCCCCAGAUGAAGCAGAUGAUGCCCCAAAUGGAGCGACUAUUAACUCAGAUGAAAUGGAAGCUGCCAUAUGAGAAUGCCCAUGUUUACAUGUGCUGCAAUUGGCCUUCAAACACAGAGUAAUUCCCAGAUUCUGAAACAAUCCUCGACUUUGCCGUAUCACCUCUUAUGUUUCCUUUUCUUCUCGUCAACAAUAGGGCAUCAUUCCAGCGAAUAAAUUUUCGCCUUAUGUAACCAAACAAACUGCUCAAGUUUUGGGCUGAGAUCCAUAUAGUACUAUUCUGUAUUGUAACUUGCUAAACUAUUCUCUGAAAGGUCUAUUUUAGUUGUUUAAAUUGGCUGCAAGUGAAAUUGAUUAGGUUUUCUGCAUCCAAUUGUCCAACUUAUAAGGUACUCCUUGAAUAUUCAAGCUUGA